CCUAUCCAGCGAACGCAAUUACCUGCUCCCAUUUUCUGUGGCUUUUGGCGGCUGCACAGAGAGCGAUGGCGUCAGCACUGCUCAGGAGGGCGAGAGGCUCGCCGGCGGCGGCGGCGCUGUGGGCUGCGUCGAGGGGCUUCGCGUCCGUGGGCUCCGACAUCGUGUCGGCGGCGCCCGGCGUGUCGCUGCAGAAGGCGCGGUCCUGGGACGAGGGUGUCGCCACCAAGUUCUCCACCACCCCUCUCAAGGACAUCUUCCAUGGGAAGAAAGUGGUCAUCUUCGGAUUGCCGGGUGCAUAUACAGGAGUAUGUUCGCAGUCACAUGUCCCUAGUUACAAGAACAACAUCGAUAAACUGAAAGCAAAAGGGAUCGACUCUGUUAUCUGUGUAGCUGUUAAUGACCCAUACGUGCUGAAUGGAUGGGCAGAAAAGUUACAGGCAAAAGAUGCAAUUGAGUUUUACGGUGACCUUGACGGGAGUUUCCACAAAAGCUUGGAUUUGGAAAUAGAUCUCUCCGCGGCUUUGCUUGGCCGUCGCUCCCACAGGUGGUCAGCCUUUGUCGAUGACGGGAAGAUCAAGGCUUUCAAUGUCGAGACGGCACCUUCCGAAUUCAAGGUUUCUGGUGCCGAGGUGAUCUUGGACCAAAUCUAAUCCAAUCAGUGAAACCUGUUUCUGUUUGUCUUUUGCUCAUGCAGCAGCAUACAUGAUACACUAUUUGGCGUGCCGAAUAAAUGAGAACUCGAACACCUGUGUAAGAUUGCUAUCUGUUGUGCUACUUACAGGAUGGUCAUUAUGCUGUUGCAAAUCUUUGGUAGUGAUGGUUUCUUGUCA